GCUCACUUCUUUUUGCCUCAACCUUUUCACACUGACAGGAUGUUACGGGUUUUGCUGCUUUCUCUCUCUGUAGUUGCCAUUGCUCAUGCUGAGCUUUGCAAGCCAGAUGCACAGAAUGCUUUCAAAGUACGGCUUAGUAUCAAAACAGCUUUGGGAGAUAAUGCAUAUGCCUGGGAUGCUAAUGAAGAGUACCUCUUCAAGGCAAUGGUGGCUUUUUCAAUGAGAAGAUAUUCCAGCAAGAGAACAACUCAAAUUUCCAAUGUGCUGCUCUGCAAUGUGACGGGUCGGGUGUCAUUUUGGUUUGUUGUCACGGAUUCUUCCAAAAAUGUGACAACUGUUCCUGGAAGUGAGAUAGAGGCAGCCAUCAGGAUGAACCGGAACAGAAUCAACAGUGCCUUCCUCCUGAGUGACAAAACACUGCAGUUCCUGAAAAUAACCUCAACCUUAUCACCUCCCGUUGAGCCCUCCACACCUGCCUGGCUUAUCGUAUUUGGUGUUGUUCUUUGCCUCAUUGUGGCUGGAAUUGUUUUCCUCAUUGUUGGAGGGAUUCGGCAACACAAGAAAAAGAAUAAAGAGUCAGCAGAGAGAGAAAGUUUAGAAGAGAAAGAUGAAGUGACAGUAACAGCAGAAAAUGGGAUUGCUUGUGAAUCACUGGAUUUAAAAGCAGGCCACAUUAAUGGAGUCUUUGCAGCAGAUGAUGAACGAUUCACAUCCUUGUGAGAUGCUGCCAUUGCUAUCUGGCAGUUUUUUGAAAGACUCCUGUGCCUACCUUAUCUUGUCACUACUCCUGAACGUCAAAUAUCAAGACAAGAAGAAUGUCCUUUCACUUACUUUCCCUCAAGAGAACCUUUUGCUGAUAACACAUACACUUAAACCUCCAUUACAAAGCUUCUGUUCAUAGGCAAAGCAAAUGAGAAGACUUCAGGUGAUAUCCAUUGAAGAUUUCCAGAAGGUGUGCAGCAGAACAGAGUUGAAACCUGCCUCAUGUCAGGCAUUUAAUUUUUAAUGAUUACUUAAAUACGCCCAUUGCUUGUUUGUCCCAGAUGUGAAUGUCAAACCGUGUUAUUCCUGAAUGUCACUGGGGAGCUAUCCAUAAUUGUCAGUUCUAGAUGGGCUUUCUUUCAAGUCAUAUGCAAAAGUUUCUCUGUAAAAUGUCUUCUGUUUGCUGAUAUGCAGUAUGCCUUUGGAUGGAAUAGUGGUCAGGCAUGAAAAGUUUCAUUUCUUGAAGCAAUAAAAAAAAGUUUUCACAGCCUCUGUAAGAGUAGGUUGAAAACAGCUGGGUCAUCUAUAGCUCUAGGGCUGCCAACGAUCUAGUAUUAAAAGUAAUUUUUACUUAACAGCCAAAGUUACAGACUAGAUGAUCUGGACACUGAAAGUUGCAAAAUUUUA